AUGUCUUCCACUCCGCUUCUUGGGCACCAAGGCCUCCCUCCUCCGGUCAUCAUGCAGGACCAUCCCAUUUUUCUUCGAACCAGCCAUUCUCCUUGGCGAUGGAUACCCCAGAACUUCUUGGUCAUUCUCCGUGGCAUCGUCCUGACAUACCUGGCGGCAACGGCCGUCAUGACUGGCCACUACAAGAUGAAUGUGGAAGAAUCGGAAACUAGCCUCGUGUCCAGUUUGUUUGACUUCGGGGUACUUUGUUCCGUCUUGACCCUGGCGUACCAUGUCGUUACGUUUUCCUGGACCUUCACCCACCUGUACUACCCUGAGCCCAAUGAGGUCGAGGGUGGGUUCGAGCGGUCGAUCAUCAAGGCUAUGUCUUUGCCCCAGAAUAUGGCGAGCCAGAGGAAACAAUGGUACUUCAACAUGUUUUACACUGCAACAACGGUGUUUUGCUUCAUGAACUCUACAAUCUUUUGGUUCAUCACUCGACAGCACGAUGCUGGCGAUGGUGCUGCCACAGUGGUAUCCAAAGUCGCAGCUGAUCUAGUUGAGGCUUCUGUCAAUGUUGCAUCCACGGCCACCAUUCCGGACACACCUUUCAGUGAUCUCUUUGGCGAAGGAUGGUUUAAGCCAUUUGUCCUGAUCAACAUGAAUGGUGCGAACUCGGUCAUCAUGAUUCUCGAGAUUCUCUUCUUGAACAGCAUCAAGAAACCCAUGGCUAUCGGCUCCUCAAUCUUUGGGUCAAUGUUCCUCUCUGGACUGUACCUUCUUUGGGCUGCCAUCGGCAAGUCAGUGUCAGGAACGUACCCCUUCUUCUGGAUGGACGAGGAACAGGUUGGGUCCAAAGAGGCCGUCUCAAUUUACUGCACCGGAUUUGUGCUGUUGGCCCCCAUCAUGUACACCCUGAUGCAAGGAUUUGUUGGCAUUCGCGAGAGCCUCACUCGACGUUCCGACUCCCGCAGCGGCAACGAGGGCUUGGACUCGUAA